CACAACAACAACAACAAAAAAAAAUCUGAAAUUAAAUGAACACUGCGUUUUACUUCCCUUCAUCGAGUUCUCCUCUCGACAAACUCCAGUCCAACAAAACAGCAACUGGACUCAGAGAGCCCGACCGCGCCCCUGCUUCAGCCCGACUCUCCGACCUGCCGGCUUUCAACCACCAACCCAGACCUAGAAACAACACCUCAGCCCUCCGCACCGCGAAACACCUGAAGCUAUAUCAGCCGCUAAUUUUUGAUUGUGGGUGUUUUACAAGCUUCCAAGAUUAUGUGGGUUUCUAGAAUUUCUAGUCUUGGAGCUCAGGCAAUCAAGAAAUUGGCUCAAGGUAAAUCAGCAUAUAUACCAGGGACACAAUAUCUAUGUGCAUCUUCAAGCAGGAUAAAGACUUCGCUUCAGCUCCCCCUACAGACACAUCGAUAUUUUUGCAACACUGCUGCCACUAAUUCACACAAGGAUGGAAAUGAGGAGCAAACAAUAAAUGUGACAUUUGUUGAAACCGAUGGAACAGAGAAACAAAUUAAGGUUCCGGUUGGCACAAACUUGUUAGAGGCUGCUCAUUCCAAUGACAUUGAGCUAGAAGGAGCAUGCGAGGGAUCUUGUGCAUGUUCCACAUGUCACGUUAUAGUGAUGGAUGUGGACUACUACAACAAACUGGCAGACCCAUCUGACGAAGAAAAUGACAUGUUGGACCUCGCAUUUGGGCUAACAGAAACGUCUCGUCUUGGUUGCCAAAUUGAAGCAAAGCCUGAACUGGAUGGAAUUCGCUUGGCUCUGCCUGUGGCCACCAGAAAUUUUGCAGUUGAUGGAUAUAAACCGAAACCACACUAGAUGGUUUAAUAACCCCGAUAAAGAGGUACAAACUACAAAGGCAUAGUGCAGCUUUAGUUGGACCGAUUUCCAUUUACCAAUGAGUAGAAUAGAGUUACAUCAGUCAUGUAUUAUGUGUCUGAUUGUUUUUAUGUUGCUAAACUGACAAAUCAUUAUUCAUUGGAUGUGUCAAAAGAGGGAAUGUCCCAAUGCAUUUUGUAACAUGAAGCUUGGUAGCAUACAACUAUAGAGCUACACCAGUUUUGUUGAAUAAUGGCUACUGUAGAAAGUAUUCAAAGGAUAGGGUCGAGUUUCUGCAUGUACAAACUUCAGAUAUCAAUGGCAAAUUUCCUCACAGGGAUUGAAUACA